AACGAAACGUGCAACAUAAUUGUGAGUAAAUCUCCUUCACCCUGGCUGAUCACACAUUCUCUCUCUGUCUUUCUGUGCCGUGUCCUUCGUCCACUCUUAAACCGGACUCACUGGAGCUGCUUAUGACGGACUUUGACACCAUUUUCCUUCGACCGUCUUUUUUCUUCAAAACUAAUUUAACAUCUGGGUAACUUACCUUGUCGGCCAGAUCCUUGCCAUGCGAUGUCGUUGCAGAACCCCAGACUUCGACAUUACAGGACCAUGACAGCGAUCUGUUUCGUGUGUAACCUACCGAUCCUGAGCCAUCAGGUUGGUCUGGUAUGGCAAGGAGGAAACGGCUGGGACGAUCUAGUGCGGGAACAGGUGGAGGAAUCUACUUUGAGGCAACGUCUUGGAACCGGGAGACGCGACUCAGCGACACAGAUCACGUCCAUAUCGCCGCCGAAUGAGCCACAGGAAUCCUCCACGACGAAUCAGCGUCGUCGAAGAUCCAGCUUGGCGCAGUUGACGGACAUUUUGCGGGAAUGGAGCGGCGGUGGCGCUUCUGCAAAGAGCGAACGUGGAAAUAAAUUGUAUCGUCGCGAAACAUUGGCCGAUAUCGCGAAAUCUUUACCGUGGUCCAGGCAGACGACCACGGAUGCAAGCCAUUUGGAAAGACUGCGCAAGAGACGCGAAAGCUCAGUCGAUAGCGGGAUUAGAAGCCAGGCGUCGACGAAAUCGAGGAAAGAUUCGACGAUCAGCGAACUUAAGAACGAUAUUGCCAGGCUGUGGGGCAAGAAAGAGACUCCACAGGCGCAACCACCUCCUACGGUUAUUUCGCCUACUUAUCGAGGCUCCAGUGAUCCGAGAGGUUCUCGACGCGGUUCCGGUGAGAGUGGAAGAACCAAAAGCCAAGGAGAGCGAAAGCAUACUUGCAGUCGUCACAGACGCAGGCAGUCGCAGCAAUCACAGCAAUCAGUGGACAGUAGUAGUGGCAUGAUGCCCACGAAAUAUUAUAGAAGCGAUCAAAGACCGAGCGCUUCCAGCACUGACAGCGCAGCCAGCAAUGCUGUCAGGGAACACUUGGAAGCGCGCAAUUCCAUGGAUAAAAGCGACCGAUCGAGCAGCAUCGAAGGCAAGACACCCGUGACAUCUAGUACUGAGUCGAAAACGUCGACCACUACCACAACAGUCUCGUCAACGAUCGCUACAAUAACGACCACGUCGGUUGCGUUAACCACGUCAACCUUAGAUCCAAAGAACGCCACAGAGAGCAGAAAUCUAACUCUCGACUCAUCAAUCACACCCCCCACUAUCGUGAUGUCAUCAGUGACACCGCCAAGCGUUUCACCGACAGUUGGUAGUAACCUUCCGCUUCCCGGAACUUCCACUUCCGGUAGCUCCAGCCCUGUCGGUUCGCCAAAUGUUAACACGCCAACGCAUCCUUUGCUUAGCACUAGAAGAGACUCCACUACUCAGUGCUAUCAGAAGGGGAAGGAGCUUUCCCCAAACAAGGCGUCAAGAUUAAUACGACAAUCGGCUGCUAUAGACGAGUCGAUGCCACCCGCACGGCAUCGUCGCGGAAGUCAGCCAACUCUGUCACCGGAUACUGACGAAGGAGGUCGGAGAGCUCGUAAAGAUUCGUUAAGUCCGGAUUCUGCUUCAUAUCCUCGGCGUCGGGACUCGAGGAGCCAUCUGAGUCCAGACCGGGCUGUCGAUAAAAGGGAUAUCAGUCCUAUCAGAGAGAGAUCUCAGUUGACAAGGCAGUCAAUGUCUAUGGCUGGUCGGUCGCCGCCCAGGUCGCCAGAUAGCUCCUCUUGUUCUUCGAGAGACCCGAGUCCUUGUGCUCGUGCACCGGGAGGUAUACCACAUGCUCCAAUAGCUAGAAGGCAGUCGACAACAGACGAGAUAUUUAUUGCUCGUGGCUUUCGACGACAGAGUACCACAGAAGAAACAAUAAGAUGUCGAAAUUUUAGAAGACAGAGCUCUCAGAGCGAAAAAAUGGUUCAAAGAUAUCAAGGACGAAGAGACAGUUCGACUCAAAUCACUGACGGAACAUUCGCUACGAUGUCUGUCGAGACAUCGAACACCUUUUUCGAUAGCAGUACCCAGACUGAACCGUCGCCGCUGUACGACAACAAUCACUACCAUGAGGAAUGCCUAAAAUGUAAUAGCUGUGGCCUGAAUCUCACGGGACCCAACCAGAAACGGGCUAGGCGGUUCAAGAACCAAAUACUUUGCGAUCUUCACUUCGCUGACGUGGCGCUGAUGGAGUGCUCGGACUUCAUGCAGCAGUUGCGCAGCUUCAAACCACAAAGUUUAGGCUGCGCAGUUGCCCGAAGAAAAUCAUCGACAACCUUAAUCUUCCCCUUACCACCGCAAGCUUGCUCAGAUGAGUUCUGCAACGAGUUCCCUCACAAUCUGGUACCUACACCUGGCUACUGGAUCGAGUGCUCUAGACAGCAAAUCACUUCUGACACGAUCUGGGACGAGAGCGAGAGCGGAGAAGCGACUGACACUGAAUUGGCUGAGGUUCAACAAGAGUCGGAUACCGACGAAGUGCCCAGGAAGAAGACCACGAUCGAGGAACAAUGGGAAAAGAAUCAAGGAUUCGAGCUGACCUCUGUCGAACAAGAGACCUAUGAAAAAUAUUUCUACGGAACUGAACAUUGGAAUUAUUUUGCCAACGACGAAGAUCUUGGCCCGGUGAUACUAAGUAUCAAGCAGGAAACAUUGAAUAGCCGGGAUCAAUUCAGAAUUCUCGUCAGAGCCAUCAGUUACACUGUACACGGGCUAAUUCCUGCGAGCUGUGUAUUUGCUGACAGGUACAAUCGCGAGGAAGUGGUCCGCAGCUUAGGCAAAGAGGUGAACGUGAAUCCGCCAUUAACGUUAGGUCAAUUACCUGACACUCAGGAUGAGCUGCUGAAGCUGGAUCAGGUGUUCAUAAAAUCGGAGUUGAAAGUCGGCGUACUGUACGUUCAAGAGGACCAGCGUACCGAGGAGGAGAUAUUGGACAACCACCAGAAUUCGCCGCUUUUCGACGAAUUCCUACAAAUUCUCGGUGAUAAAAUUCGUCUGAAGGGUUUCGAUAAGUACAAGGGCGGCUUGGAUACGAUUCACGACCUGACUGGAUUGUACUCUGUGUACACGAAUUGGCGAGGCAUCGAGAUCAUGUACCACGUGUCCACAUUCCUACCUAAUGAGAAGCACGACGUGCAAAGGGUACAAAAAAAACGACACAUCGGUAACGACAUAGUGUGUGUCGUGUUCUUGGAAGCAGACAAGACUCCGUUUAAUCCAGCCUGUAUGAAGUCCCAUUUUCUCUACACGUUCAUUCUAGUUCGAGUUAGUCCACGAAUAAAAAGGAAAGUCACCAGAUAUGAAGUAUCGGUUGCCACUAGGGACGAGGUUGGAGCAUACAAACCCUAUCUUUGGGAACAAAAUGUUUUUAAAAAGGGUCCCAUGUUCCGCGAGUGGUUAUUGACGAAAAUUGUGAACGGAGAGCGAGCAAGUUAUUCUGCACCAAAAUUCGCGAAGAUGCAAGAAAGAACGAGAACUCAGAUGUUGGAAGAUAUCGUGGCCAACUUGGCUAAUCAUGCAGAAACCGGGCAGAUCCCGAAACCAUACAGACGCGGUUCAUGGAGACCAAUUGGCCAUAUGAGACCAUCUUCCCCACUUUUGGAUUCUGUCAGAGAUCAAUUCGAAGAUCACGAUCAACUUGCCAAAGACUUCACUAAAGUAUUUUUGAACAAUGAAGAGAAUACCACGUUAAAUACGAACCUGUUUGAUGUUUGUUUCCUGGUACAUGGACCACAGAAGCAGAAAGUCCGAUUCUUUGGCGUCAGAGCGAUUUUGGCAGUUAGGAGCAGAGUAUUCCAAGAGAUGUUGUAUGGUAUUCAAGCGGGUUUCGGAAGUCCACAAGUGCCGGUUGCUGAAUUACUUGCCAGACCGGUACCAACCUUGUUGAGCCCACAGAAGCCACGAAGUUCUAACUUCCUUCAAGUUCCUGAUGUCGAAAGUCCAAGACCUAAAAGCGUGCCCUCGUCACCGAUGAUGAAGCGAGCGUUCUCAAGGCUCGGCACGAUCACGGCAGGCUGGGGACGGAGCAUUAAGAAACACGGAAGCGGAAACACGCUGCAAAGCGAGGAUCGGAAACGUUGGGCUAGUUCGCAGGAUUGCAGCAAUAAAGAGGCGAAGGAAAAGGAGAAGGCAGCUCAACAGUUGGCGGUACCCAGACUCAGCGUAUGUGCGGAUGCGCAGAAAGUUGAUAGAGCAAAAUUGGCACAAACGGAGUUCAAUAUCAUCGAAUUCGACCCGAAGACGUUCAAGAUUCUGCUCAACUACCUACAGACAGGUUCUUGUCCACUGACAUGCAGCAACAUACCAGGCCUGAUCUGUGCAGCGGAGCACUAUGAUCUGCCAGAGCUUCUACAGGCGUGUUUCCAUCACGCGAAACAAUUUUUACGAAUUGAAAUUGUCUGCGUGAUGCUGUGCGCGUUGGAAAACUACUGCUGGCGUUACACGUCUGCCUCGGAGCUAGUUAAUAUGAUCCUCGCGUUCAUCGAGACCAGAGCGUACCAGUUGUUCCAGAAUCCUGAUUUUCUCACAUUAAGUGAGUCUAUGGUUCAAAUGAUCAUGUGCAGAGGUCUGGAAGUUGGCGAAAUUAAGAAAUUCGAGGCGAUGCUCGAGUGGGCGAAGAAUAGGAUUAAAGACAAGAAAUCGACCAAAGUAGACCCGAAAGUUGAGUUCAAGUGUAUUAUGGAGAGGCUCAGUAGAGACUUGAAGUUGUAUAGAAUAACGCCUCAAGAACUUAUUAGGAUUGUCUUGCCAUCCAAAGCAAUCAGAAACGAGAGAAUCCUGGAAACUCUGAUGUACCAAGCAAACUCUGGCAUCUACAGGAACGUCGACAGCUAUUUGGAAGCUUACCAGAAAAAGGUGCAAAAUCAGGAGAGUUUCGACUGUGGCAUGUAAAAGACUAUUGCACAUUGUGUACCAAUUCCAAGCAACCCUUAACCUUCACCCUUAUAAAAAUGGAAAUAACAACUCGUACCUGAGGAGAGUAAACUCUAAAUAGUAGUUCGCCAAUAAACGAGGGUGAUCUUUCCAAGAUUUUAGUCAAGAAUUGUGUCGAUCAUGAACUUUGCUAGUUACUCGUAGAACUGUUCCUUAAUUAAAAGCGAGAAAAAAUUCAAUGAUUAACAUGCGUUAAAAACAACAAUAAAUUAUCUGCGACAGUUAAUUAUUUUUCUGGGAGAUUCUCGAAAUUGUUUCAUCGAAUAGUCAACUAUUAACAUGAUCAAAAUCACGCAUAGAAAGUGUAGAUGUUAAUCGAUGGAAAUAAUUUCAAAAAUUGGAAAAAUUGAAUAAUGUGAAAAGUAGCGAAUCUAAGUUGUGACAGAUUUACGAUCGCUUUUCUAUUACAAAAUCUUGUUUUAGAAAGAAACAUCUUGUUCUAGGAAGAAGAUUGAAAUGCACGAUCUAUACAAUAGGAAGGGAAGUAAUUAUUUUCCUGGAAAAAUCGUCAGGAAAGUAAUAGACUUCGAUACUACGCAAAGGAAGCUUAAGAUGAGAGAAAAAGGGAUGAGAAAAUGGAUUGUGAAAGUUCGUUGAUUAAACGAGAAGAUGGACUCCUAGUUUCAGUCAUUAUCAAUCAACGGGAAGCAAGGGAAAAUGCACAAAUUUCAUAUUGUAUAAGAAUAGGGCAAAGUGAAGGAUGUUGAAAGUAACUUGGUGACGACAUUGUUUCAAAUGAAAAAGAAGACAGAAUAAAAUAGAAAGAAGGAAGAUUCUUCAAAAAGAAGGGAAAGCGCCAGAGGUUGAAAGAAAGACGGCAAUACCAUGCCGAUUAUGACAAUCUGUAUCAUAAAAAGAAAAAUACAAACCAAAAAGAAAACUCGAAGACAGAGAAACGCUAUUGAUAAUACGAUAUACAUUAUAUAAACGUAACGAUUAAUUAUUUGGUAAGCUUGAGUGAAUUUAAUUGUAUGUAUACAUGCAUAAACAUGUGUGUGUAUAUAUGUACGUAUUAAGAGUGACAUUAAUGAUAACAAUAAUACUAAUAAAUAAUUAUAAGAGAAAUAAUAAUAGUAAUAACAACAAGAAAAAGAUAAAUACAUAAAUAAAUAUGACGUUGAUGUUGAGUGUGAAAUAUAAAUGGAAAUGAAGAAUAAGGAGCAAACUGAAACAGCAAAAGUAUUCGAAGUCUGUUCUGUUUUCUAUCGUAGUUUUUGUAUCUUCAAUACUCUAAGGCAGAUAUUCUAAAAUUCACAGGAACAGGCUAGGAAGGAAAGAAAUAUAAAAAUAAACGAUUGUCUUGACAAAGAUUUCUCUUUUCUUUUUUUCUUUAUUCUAAAUAUCGAUGUAAAAGCAAAAUUUCUUUUAGUAUAUACAAACCAAGGAAUAAAAUUUGGUGUGUCCAUUAAUUUAUAGCUCUGGCACAGUAUGUGAUAAUAAAAGAUCCUAUCAUCAGUCAUUUUUUCGUAAACAAAAAUCGUUCGAUAAUUUAGCCUGGCCUGGUUCCCAAGUUCCAUUGACUGCAUUUUCACGAGAAAAAUCGAAAAGAGGAAAAAAAAGAGAAAAAAGGAGAGUACACAUACACACAUGAACACGAAGAAAAAGAAGAAACAAACGCGUGGUUUUAUAAUACACGCGGAAGAGGCUGAUUUUCGUCCCCCUGACUCUGUCCCCGUUUCGCUUUCGCUCUCGCUUCUCGAUUGUCCUCGACGCAACUUCUCUCGUAGGUUCCAAGAAGAAGAGAUAUUUUUUACACACUCGUCGACGAUUUAAUGCCGUUUUCGAUCCCUCCCUCGUGUGUAUUCUGUUUGUUAUACGCAAAUGUAACGUCGAGACACAAUUGUUUAAGAGACGGAGAAAAAGAACAAAAGAAAACUAACAAAAAAAAAAAGGAAAAAUAAAAAGGGAAAAAGGUGCAAAAAAAACAUUCAUCGAUUCCCAGAUAUGGGGAUCGUCCAACUGUUAAGUGUCUUAUUGUUCAGGCAAGCGGCUGGACGAAAGUAGAUCUUUUCUUCGCGUCGUCUCGCAGGUGAAACGAGACUAUCGCUUGUAGAAUACAAAUCGACGCACCCUCGACACUGUAAUCACAUAAAAUAUGGUACAUUUAAAAUGACGUAAUGAAAUGUGGAUAUGGAUUCGAUAUGGAUUUGAAUUAUUCGAUCUAACACGUGGUAGAAAGAUGGCCCUUUGUAAUAUUUUUACAGAAUACUAGAGAAAACAAGAAGGUACAAAUACCAUAUGUGACGUGCAGUGUACGAGCAGAGUCGUGAGACAGACUGUGUGUAUGUGUGUGCGUAUGUGUGUGUGUAUGUAUGUAUAUGUGAAAGAGAGUGUUAAUAAUUAAAAUAAACUAACUAAAUAUGCAAAUCGUACGUAUAGCUGUAAAACAAGCUAAAUAAAGAAAAGAAUGAAAAAACGAGAAAAAAAAGAUACAUAUAUGUACGUAAAGAAACACGUCUCGUAAACGUGAACGUUUUUAAAGAAAAUCGUAUGGAUGAUCCGUGGACGAUCCCUGGACGAUGAUCUGUCGCGAUUCGCGCGUUUACAUUUGAUCGCGGCAAUUAGAUUUCGCGAUCUUGGCCGUAAAAAUUAACGUGCUAUCUAUUGGACGUCAUUAAAUUCUUUCCGACAGUUACGAAAACAAAAAUGUUAUAUGGAAAUAUAAAAAUGCAAAGGAAGUUUGAAACUGAUGAAUCCUUUCUUUUCGAUCGGUCGCUGAAAAACAGGUAGAAAAAAUUAAUUACGUAACAUAAGGUGUAAGAAGAACGAAAAUGCUCUGAUAUGUGAUCUUAUUAAACUGAACUGUUCAGAUAAUUUUACGUUAUUUAUAUUUUCUUACUAAUUAUAAAUGAAACAAAUCAUCGCUUUCUACUAAAUUUAAAUAACAAUUAAAACCGCAGACUUCUUUUGCGAAGUUAUAGAUUUGUCAAUUCGCGGCAACAUAACAAAUUAAUCAGACAAAAUACGUUAUUCAUCGAAAAUACGGAUUAUUGUGAGUUUAGCGAUGAUCUGGAAUAACGUAGCGUCACGUAAGCGCUCCGUUUGCCAAAUAAAUGUAAUACUACUAUAAAUGUCGCUAUAAAUGAAUAAUACCUAUGUACCGUAAUUUAGCAUAAAUCUCGGGCAGCUGUGUGAUACUGCUUGAUCCGUGAUUUAUCACUGAUAGUCGUAAACGUUCUACUACGUGAUAUACAAUUAAUCGCUGGUCGAUAUACGUGAAACGUUAUACAUAUAUGUAUAUAAUACGAGACUUGCAGUGCGUCGCUGGUCGAUACAAUUGGAACGCUGCAUGUUAAGCCAUACUCGACGUUCAAGAAAAGUGCAACAAUUUGUGAUUCAUAGUUCUUUGUUCAUUACGUGGAAUAACGCGAUUCACAGAUCAUUGUUAAUGAAACGAACGUUAAAGAAAACAUUCCAUAGAUAGCGUGUUAGUAAUGUAUAUGAUAGCGUAUAGUAAUGUGUCACAUAUUUCGAGAUUUCGUGUAAAUUAUGACAAGAUCAUCGUCUAAACUUCUAAACGUCACUGUGCUCUCACGUUGUCGUUCAUCUUCGUAAGUGCGAACUAUGGCGGACUUUCUGCGACACGUUAUGUCCACGAAAAAUAUAGAAAUUUGAGAAAUUUCAUUUAACGUAUUGAGUUGGAUUAUAUAGAUAAGAAAUAUAAGAAAUUGUUGUUGAAGAGAAUAUUUGCAGAAACAUUUGUGAAAGAACCGUGGACUGCGUGUCGUUGGAGAUUCUGUGGCAUAUGUGUGUGUAAGCGUAGAUGUUUUAGUGUGUGAUCGGAGCGUAAUUGAUCGCAGCAAUGAUUCAUUAAUUGCUUCUGGUGGUUUGAGAAACACCAGAGGGCUCAUUUGUCACGAUGUGAUGGAAACCUCGGGGCGUAAUUGACGCAGACUCGCGAAAAAGCGGUCUAAACGUUCACGAUAUUUUAUAUGGAACACUUUUACGCUUACAAUUUAAUAUAUUCCUUUUCCAGUUCUUCUUAUCGAAUUUAAAGUAAAGAACGAAACUUUUUAAAACUAGAAAUUUUCUCAUUUUAGCCAGAUACAAAUUUACCUUGAAAUCCACUAUUAUUUAUAUCAUAUUCUUACGACAAAUAAACUUAUAAAAUUAAGUAGUUUAUUGUUUAAAAAAUUGGACACUAUCUAUCUAGGUAAGGAAAAUUACAGCGAGUCAGCGGUAAGAUUACGCUUCCGUAUGCCCACAAUUUCUGCGAUCCGAUAUGCGUGCACUGAUGUACAAAGCGAAUAGUUUACCCGCGCUCGAUGACAGUCCAGUUGCAUUGUUCCGAUGCAAACCGCGAGAUAAAGGCAGAAAAGAGAGGCGAGACCAGAAAAUUAGGAAGACCAGAAACGGCAACAAAAAUGGGAACGAAACAGGAUACCUCGUAACAGGCUCGAUAGACGAAGAGGAACUGAUUAGCAAAAACAAAAGUAUUUUCAUCGAAAGCGAUUCUGUCCAGCCAUUGCCAACUACUGUUCAACUGUAGAUGUAUUCAUACAAAAAAAAAAAAAAAAAAAUACAAAAAGAGAGAAGCAAAAGGGAAGAGAGGAUUAUCUUGGACAAAAGAGAAAAAAAUACAAAGUAUGAAUGAAGGAAAAACUAUAUAUAUAUAUUCGUAUAUAAAUAUAUAUAAUAUAUAUACAUAUAUGGCGUACACACACGCGCACACGUAACACAUACACACACAUGCACGAUUAAUGCAACACAGAAAGACGAGAAUUAUCGUGUGACAAAGAUACCAAGAACCGCUACGUGGCCAGAUCGCGGCGAGUAUCGAAUAUGUCGCACUUUGAAUUUGAAUUUCAAGUAUCUUGAAGAAUUCUCGAUUACGAGGCGCGUAAUCGACAACGAAGAUGGUUGUUGUUUGUAAUGAUACAACGCUUAUCGAGUAUCCUUACGCGAGAAUAUAUCGUAACAAGGACUGCAUGCCGCGACGCGGUGAUAUUUUAUCCCUUUUGCACUUGAACAAGACUUCGCAUCAAGAUGGAAUGGAAAUCACAGAUUUCCAGAUGUAAGACUGUGUUUUUAUAUUAUACAUAUCAAUUUUAUGACAUUUUUUAAGACUCGAAAGGAAAUUCUGUUGCAAUUGCAUACAGUUCCGCCAGUUUCACUAGCAGUGAUAUAUUUUGUUUCUCAUUUGAAUUUAUUUUGCGGGAGGUGAGAAUGUUGUAUCAGCUUCUACUCGAAGUUAUCUAUCCUAAGUUAUAGAAAAUGUUGUUUCGAGAUAAAUAUCUUUAAGAAUAACUUGUUUUCAAAUUAACUAUAAUUUAAUAUAAGAAAGUAAAAAAGCCAACCGAUUUAAUAGAUUUUUGAAGCCACAUUAAGUUGUUGUAGAAUUUAUAUCUACGAAUUUUGAAUCGUAUUGUAUAUUCUGCGAGAAGAACUUUUAUAUCGAAGAUAUCUUCUCUUGGAAAUUCUUGUUACUCGUGGAUUAUAUUUAAUCACUACCAGAAAUUCAAGAAAAAUUAAAAGUCUUUUACGACAAUGAGAUGUAUCAAGAACAAGGUUGAGAAGUAUACAAUUUGAUACUAUAAAAUACAAUCAUAUCGAAACGUUACAUACUCCGUUUCUAUUUUGUUGAAUUUUGAAUUUUGUUAAAUGUUAUUUAGAAAAAAGAAACAUAUAGAACAUACGUAAAUAUCACUAGAUAAUUAAAUAAUGGAUUACACAGGGUUAAUUAAAUUUUAAUGCUUUCGUUUAACGAUUCAAUCUAUCUUUUCCCGUACAUACGUAUAAACAAAGAGUUUCAAUAUUUACAAUACACGAAAGUGCAAAAGGGUUAAGUAUUUCCCGACCACUAUCAAUGUUCUCAUUGUCAUCGUUCUAACGCUAAUCACUGUUAAAAGAUAUUCACUGUCCAUUUUUAUCGACGACUCUCGUCGACAUCGGACUCUCAUUGUCAUUGUUGUUGUUGUUAUUGUUGUUAUAAAUCUAUCCGCCAAUUUCUACAUCUAUAUACGAUCACUGGUCCUGAUCACUGAGUCGAACGAAGAUUAACCGAGUGCUCGAGUACACGAAAAUAUCCUCAAAAGAAUAAUUUAAAUACCUAUCCGUCUGUUUAGAGAUCUUUACUUUCCAAAAGAGUCACUAAAUAUCAAAUAUUAAAUAUCCCAACAUUUUAAAAUUAUAAUCAUCCUAACAAAUAUUCAAAUUACAUGACUUCGAUCUCGAAGUAACUAUUUAAUCCUUUCGCUACUGUAAUUUCAAAAUUGAAAUCACUUUUAGUAUAAAAGUCAAAGAAUUAAAAUGGCUUAUUCCUGAAAGAAACUCUAUUAAAAGAAUUUUCAUUUAUGAGUGCAUAGAGUAAUGUGCUUUACAGAUUUCUCUAUCUAUAAUAAUCAUAUAAUCAUAAUAUUUUCAAACGAAAAAUUUAUCUUCAUUUACAAUUUAAUAACUGGUGGUAUACGUACAUAAAGCAUUUGUAGCGAAAGGAUUACACUAAUCAAUUGCUCGACCAAACCAAGAAACACCGACAACCAAUUCAUAGUUUCUCAUUUCUUUAUUUCAAUAUUCCAAUCGUGUUACAUAUUCGUCGAGUAGGUAUUAUUCAAACUCAUAUUUUCUUCCUCUCUUUUUUAAAUUGUAAUACUCACAAUUUUACAGGUCCAGUAAAAAUAGCGUUCUCGGGGUAUCCGAGUCCUCGCCUAAUGUUCAUCAAGUGUUUCUCAAGUACCCGGAUACUCUCGUUGUGUCUGCGGAACACGAAUACAAUCAACAGACACUGAUAAUGAUUCGGUAUGCGUGUUUUAUGUAUGCGUGUAAUUAUAUAUAUAUAUAUUAUUAUAUAUGUGUGUGUUUCAUGAAUGUGAAGAAGAAACAAUGAAAAAAAAAAAGGAGUUUCGUCAUGCGUUUAUGAUCGGUAUUAUGCGUUUAUCGUUCAGAUAAGAUAUAAUAUAUCUAUAGAAAGUCGAGUCGGUAUUUUAAUAUAUCGUAAGAGGCUCAGAUCGCUUCGACGCAAAUUCGUCAUUUUAUUCGUUUCUAACAAUCACCGGGAACGGUUUUCGUUUGUUCGCUAGGCUCGAAUAUUAUAAUACUGCUUCGUGGGCGAGUCAGCAAUAUCAUUCGGAUUCCUGUCCUCUGCAUACCCGCAAUUCGUCGUAUCCAGACGUAUCGCUGUGUUCGCGUUUAUUUGCGGAUAUACUUCGUAUUCUCGUGUGGAAGAGAAAAAAGGAAAUCAAUCAUGUAUCUUUUCGAGAAUAUAUGAAAAAUACAUACACACACGAGCGCGCGUGCGCGCGUACACACACACACACACAUACACACACGAGGAUCCGAAUAAUAUUUGCGGUCCUAAGUUCGUACUGUUCGCCUAGUUAUAUGCGUGUUGUAAUACGUAGACAUACAUCGUGCACAUUAACGUUCACAAGAUCCCUCUCCUUUUUUUUCCAUCCUAUUGCUGACAAUGCGCGAAAAACCUAUUAGCAAAUUUUUGUAAAUUGGCGAAUGUUCGGGACUCGCUGUGUGUCACGUUGUCGCGUGGUGUUACGAAUACAAAGGCAACUGAAAUUAUGAUAAAAAAGUUUAUUGUAUAUGAAGCUACUGUGAUGUUACUGUUGAAUAUAAAAAAAAUAUAUAUAUACAUAAAAAAGAUGCUGUAUUUAAAAAUUGUA